AUGGAAAUCAAGGGUGAUUCAGCGUCUUCUCAUCAAAACCUCCACCACAACACUGACCAUCAAUAUAUCUUCGAAACGAUCAGUCUUCCAGAGAAUAUGAACUUCAUGCCAGUCCUGGGCAAUGGACACGUGGGAUUCCAGGUGAUGAGUGACUCUGUGCACCUCAAUGGCCUGUACAAUGGCGAGAAAGGAUUGAGUCACAGGGCGCGGAUACCCAACUAUGCCAACAUCCUGAUUACAAACUUUGCCGAGCUGAAUGGCAGCGUGAAGUACGCCAUGGAUGUGCGCAGUGGAAUAUUUAGGACGUCCUUCUCGCCUAAAUCAGCUGCCUAUAAGCUGGACCACUUGAUUUAUGCUCAUCGCUUCUAUAGCCGUGCAAUUGUAAAUCAACUCUUCAUAUCUCUUCUUAAUUGCACCACAGGGGAAAACACUGCGGCAGAAGUCGAUGGAGUCGUCAUAAAAAUUGGCCAGUAUCCGGGAAAUGCAACUGAUGAUAUCGAGUUCGCCGCCAGUGGCAGUGAAGGUGUGCAGCCACGCGAGACUGACGGAAAAAACCCCACGGAAGGAGUCCCAAUCAGAAAAAUCUGCGGCAGCACGAAAACAGUCGAAGACCCCAUCUACCAACAAGAUCCAUCCAAUUGCUGUGUUUUAUGGAAUCAUGUUCCAGAAGAAAUCACACUUGGGACCACAAGAAAAACAUCCAUGUCUUUCACAUUCGUAAUGACGGUCGACGAACAUUUUAGUGUGGCAGAACAGGAAAUGAUGGACGUAUUGGCUCAGACGGAUCUCGAUUUGCUCGACACGCACAUCAGAGAAUGGAAACAUUUUUGGGAUGACUUUGCGGUUGAACUUGAUAAUUCUGACGAUGCCUUGAGUCUGUCUAGAACAAUCCAUGCCAGCAUCUUUUACCUCGCAAGCUCUCUGCCGUCGCCGAGUGUGAAUCAGCCACGAAGUGCCUUCGGGGGUCUCAGUCCCACGGGCUUGGGCAGAGGAGGCUCGAAUCUCAGUGAUUACGAAGGACACGUCUUUUGGGAUGCCGAAACCUGGAUGCAUCCGCCUAUACUCCUCAUGAGUCCCGUCUGGUCAGCAGAGAUGCUUCACUAUCGCGCCACUAAAGCUUUUCCGGCAGCUCAAGACUAUGCGAAGGAGACAGGAUACAGUGGUAUUCGAUUCCCAUGGGAAAGUGCAUUCACUGGACGUGAAGUCACGCAGCCCUGUUGCCCUCUGGUCGCCGCCAACCAGCAGCAUGUGACCGCAGACAUUAGCCAUGCACUGAGACUUCAUCUGGCUGCCACACGAGAUAUCCACUGGCUCAAACGUGAGGGAUGCAAAUUGGCCAUCCCAAUUGCACAAUUCUGGGCCAGUCGUGCUAAAUUUAACGGCACAACCGGCAAAUACGACAUCCGUCGUAACGAAGAUGUCAUGGGACCCGAUGAAGAUCACGAAGAUGUGGACAACAACGUGUACACAAAUAUAGCGGCGAAGCAAGCUCUCCAAUUUGGACAAUUCGCCGCGUGUGUCUGCGACGACAGCGAGCAGGGCAAUUGGACUCGCAUCGCAGAUAACAUGGCCAUCCCGUACGACAGUCAGCUCAAUUACCAUCCGCAGUUCGAAGGGUAUCGGCCGGGGAUGCAAAUUAAGCAGGCGGACGCCGUCCUCGCCGGCUACCCACUCCAGUUCCCAAUGCCGCCGGCGACACGUCGCAAUGAUUUAGCCAUGUACGAGAAUGUCACCAGAGCCACAGGACCGGCAAUGACUUGGGCCAUGUACGCAAUCAAUCACCUAGAUUUAGGAGCCCGCGACAGGGCGGCUGACAUGCUGGCGCGCAGCUAUCGGCACAACGUGGAGCUGCCCUUCCUCGUCUGGCGGGAGUUGUCCGCGGAGCGCGCGGACACGGGCGCCGUGAACUUUCUCACGGGAGCCGGAGGCUUCCUGCAGGCCAUCAUGUUCGGCUACGCCGGCAUUCGCAUCCACCUGGACCGGCUCGUGUUGCAGCGCCCCUCCCUGCCGCCCGCCGCGGCGCACUUCCGCCUCCGUGGGAUCCACUUCUUGCGCUCCCGCUUCACCCUCACCAUCGCAGCGCAGAGCGUCCGAGUGGAGUUCACGGAGUGCGGUCGAGAUUUGACCAUAGUCAUCGGUGCCAGUCAACAGGAUGUGAUUUGUGGUGCGCACUCGAGAGUAUAUGACAUCACGAAUCAAUAUGCAGAGAUAAGGCCCAAAAGUGACUCAGACUUUCAUUCCUGCCAUAUGUCAUCCCAUUGAUUCCCCCCUUCGCCACUCGAGAGAUCAUUAUCAUCAUCAUUGCCCAUUUUCUCACCAAUUUAGCCAAUCGAUCAUCUUGCGAAAGGCACAGCGCGGAGAACGGAAUAAUUCAAUGGAAAAAAUAAUAAAUUACUCUAAAUUUUUCUGCGUCCUUUGCUCUGCAAUAAAACCUCUAAAGUUGAGUAAAUUUUGGCUCUCAAUUGAGUCUGUGUCACCGUUCAGAUUGACUCUAGAAUCGAAAUUUCCCAAGCUCAGAAGAGCAUAUUUUUAUCUCUAUUUUUUCAUAUUGAUAUUUCCUUUAUCACAAGUACUCAGUUAUUAAUCGGUAAUACAAAUGAUAACCGUCAUAAGCCUGAGCAACAUAA